AUGUUUCAGAAUGAUUCCUUGGAACCUGAAAAGGAAGGUCACUCAGUCUUUUCUCCAGCAGAGCACAAUAUUGUGGCAGCUUAUUUGAUCACAGCAGGUGUGAUAAGUAUUCUCAGCAACAUCAUUGUCCUAGGCAUCUUUGUUAAAUACAAGGAACUUCGGACAGCAACGAAUACAAUUAUCAUAAACCUGGCUGUUACUGAUAUAGGGGUUAGCAGUAUUGGUUAUCCCAUGUCUGCUGCUUCAGACCUAUAUGGAAGUUGGAAAUUUGGAUAUGCCGGAUGUCAGAUUUAUGCUGGUUUAAACAUCUUUUUUGGAAUGGCAAGUAUUGGAUUACUCACUGCUGUGGCUAUUGAUCGGUAUCUGACCAUCUGUCAACCUGACCUCGGAAGAAGAAUGACUCCAUAUAAUUAUACCGUAAUGAUUCUGACUGCUUGGGUGAAUGGCUUUUUUUGGGCCUUGAUGCCUAUUAUAGGUUGGGCUGGUUACGCUCCUGAUCCAACUGGUGCUACGUGUACUAUAAACUGGCGGAAGAACGAUGCAUCUUUUGUUUCUUACACAAUGACUGUCAUUGCUAUAAAUUUCAUCAUGCCCUUAAUGGUCAUGUUUUACUGUUAUUACAAUGUUUCUCAAAAGAUGAAACAAUAUACUCCUAGUAGCUGCCCUGAACACAUAAACAGAGACUGGUCAAACCAAGUAGAUGUAACAAAGAUGUCUGUGAUAAUGAUUUUAAUGUUCCUGCUUGCUUGGUCCCCUUAUUCGGUUGUGUGCUUAUGGGCUUCUUUUGGGGACCCAAAGGAGAUUCCUCCAGCAAUGGCCAUUAUAGCCCCUCUCUUUGCAAAAUCUUCCACAUUCUACAAUCCCUGUAUAUAUGUGGCUGCCAACAAGAAGUUCCGGAGAGCAAUAUAUGCAAUGAUGCAGUGUCAGACUCAUCAGUCAGUGUCUGUAUCCAACGCGUUGCCAAUGAACCUAACUUGAGAUAAGCUUUUGAAUUAUGAAAGGAAAAAGAGCCG